AAAAGGGGGUCAGUUGAUGUUGAGGUAGACAUGCUGGGUACGCUUAAUGGAGGAGGGCCUAGGAUGAAGUCGUCUACAUGGGAAUGGGCGGACAUGCGAGAGGAUGAGGAGAGGGAUGAAGAAGAGGAGGCAGGACGGGGAUUAUGGUGGCCGGGACCGCUUGGUGCGGUCUGGCGAUGGAAUUUGACAAAAGUGCAACGACAUUUUCGCUGUACGCAUUUUGAGCAAGGAUUGCAACCAUCACAGGGAAGGCUUGAUUGGACGCACUGAUCGCAGGCUUGUUUUGAUGUGGUGGCACGAGAGGCGGAUGCUGAGCCCUUUCUCCUGUUAUUUGUUUGAGCCUGGGCAGGUUUCUCUGUUGCAUGACACUUGUUUACAUGUCUAGAUAGUAAAUCGCUCCUGGCGAACUGGUCGCCGCAGUGUUGACAUUUGUAUGGACGAUCACCGGU